UUUUUCCGCACCUGGUGGCAUGGCGACAUAUCGUAAAUCGUUGGUUGGAGGAUUUAUGUACAAGUUUUGGUAUGAUGUGUCUAAAUCGGUGGGCAUUGAAACAGCCAAUUUAGGAGACGAAGAUUUUACUGGAAUCAUCGAACGUAAUGUUUCAAAAGGCCUCCAAGUGAUUGGUCAACCGGAGGAGGAAAUGAAAUUUGUCGGUAGUUCAUCAAUUCCUCACACUUCGGCUAUGAAACAGGCGACCGGUGAGGCGAUUUAUACUGAUGACAUGCCCAAGGUCCAUGAUGAACUGUAUGGUGCUCUCGUCAUAUCAAAAUAUGCUCGUGCCAGAAUAGUAAGCAUUGAUGCGUCCGAAGCUUUGGUACAACCCGGAGUGCAAGGAUUCUUUACAGCAAAAGACGUUCCGGGUAAUAAUAUAUGGGGGCCGGUAUUUAAGGAUGAGGAAGUUUUCGCCAGCAAGGAAGAAGCAGUUGACCUGGUUAAGGUGGAAUACGAAAUUUUACCUCACGUAUUAACCAUCGAGGAGGCGAUCGAGCACGAUAGCUUUUAUCCAAUUACCAGGAACCUAUCGAACGGAGACAUUGAGAAAGGUUUUCAAGAGGCUGAUUUUGUUUUCGAAGGUGAAACGAGGGUCGGAGGGCAGGAACACUUCUACCUGGAGACUCAAGCCUCCUUGGUAAUACCAAAACCAGAGGACGGUGAAAUUGAAAUUCACGCUUCUACUCAGAAUCCCACCGAGACUCAAUUGGUAUGUGCAUCCGUGCUCGGUAUCGCGGCCAAUAAAAUUGUAUGUCGAGUCAAACGACUUGGUGGAGGUUUUGGCGAUGAGGAUAUUGUAAUAAGCGGACAACGGCAUCCUUUCUUGGGACGUUGGAAAGUCGGUGUCGAUAAACACGGGAAGCUUUUGGCGUUAGAUUUGCAGAUUUAUAUCAAUGCCGGCUGGUCGUCUGAUAUCUCAAUCGGCGUUUUGGAUCGUGGAAUGACGCAUUCGGACAAUUGCUAUCACAUUCCAAACGUUAGAAUAGUUGGAAAAAUGUGCAAAACCAAUAUUCAUUCCAAUACUGCCUUCCGAGGUUUCGGGGCUCCUCAAGGAAUGAUGAUCUGUGAGAAUAUUAUGUGUGAGAUUGCCGAUCGUCUGGGGAUUGAUGUUGUUGAAUUGAGGGAGAAGAAUCUCUACUCGGAAGGUCAAAAAACUCCUUUCAAUCAAACUUUAACCGACUGGCACAUACCUGAGUUGUUCCAGCAGGUUAAAGAAUGUGCGGAUUACGAAAAUCGGAGGAAGCAAGUUGAUGAUUUCAAUUCAAGGAACAGAUGGCGUAAGAAAGGCCUAUCUUUGGUCCCAACAAAAUUUGGACUCUCGUUUACCGCAUUCCACUUAAAUCAAGCUGGCGCUCUGGUUCAUAUAUAUCGAGACGGAAGUGUGCUUGUCAGUCAUGGCGGAGUUGAAAUGGGACAAGGUCUUCACACCAAAAUGUUGCAGAUAGCAGCCGAGACACUGAACGUUCCUUUGGAAAAUGUUCAUUUGAUGGAAACUUCCACGAACGUGGUCAUCAACACUUCUCCGACCGCCGCAAGCGUCAGCAGUGACCUUAAUGGUUAUGCGGUCGCCAACGCCUGCAAAACUUUAGCCGAGAGGUUAAAACCUUAUCGAGAAAAACAUCCGGACAAAGAUUUUAAAGAGAUUAUCCAAGCGGCAUACCUUGACCGAGUUAAUCUAUCCGCAAACGGUUUUUAUAAAACUCCCGACAUUGAUUAUGACUGGGACAAGAAUGAGGGACAGAUGUACUUUUAUUUCACGAUGGGUGUUGCCUGCACAGAAGUUGAAAUGGAUACUUUAACGGGAGAUCACACGAUCCUACGCACCGAUUUAGUUAUGGACAUUGGGAGAAGUUUAAAUUACGCUGUUGAUAUCGGACAGAUCGAAGGAGCUUUUGUGCAGGGGGCGGGAUGGUGCACCAUUGAGGAAACUCUAUAUUUUCCAAAUGGACAUGUCUUCACAAAGGGGCCUGGAAAUUACAAGUUACCCGGCUUCAGGGAUAUUCCACAAGAUUUCCGUGUUUACACCUUCAAAGGAGAAUUUCCUAACCUAAAGACAAUUCACAGUAGCAAAGGAGUUGGAGAACCGCCAUUAUUCUUAGGUAGUUCGGUAUUUUUCGCUAUCAGGGAUGCGAUCAAAUCCGCUCGGUACUACGUGAAGAACGGGAAACCUGUUUUAGUUCGGGACCCCUACAAUAGAAAGCGGUUCGAGAGGUACGCUCUAAAUAAAAAAAGAGAUCCUGUGUACCGAUCCCUAAGGAAUAAAAAAUUCAUAGAAUCAUAUAUCAAGGUGGAUUUUAAUUUGUUGGAAGGCCGAAAAGGACAAAAUGAUUCUAUCAUACUUGGAACAGGAGAAUCCAUUGCCGCCGAAAAAAUAAGUAAUUAG